AUGUCGUCUCGCGGUCGUGACAAGACCGGUGGUAACACCGAACCAAUGCCAUUCGUUCGUAAAUUUGGAGCCGCCGCAGCGGCGGCCGCAGCAUCGGGUGAAUCAACCGCAUCGUCGGGGGCAACUGAUAAUAAGUCGUCAGCCAUUGAAAGUGAGAAUGGAGUGACACCCACCAAAACCGCAUCGUCCACUACAGCCGUGUCGUCGACACGUUCCCGAUCACGCUCGCACUCUCGAUCCCAUCGCAGCAGCAAACGUCACAGCGGUCGCAGAUCACGUUCACGUGAGAAUGGCUCCAGUAAACGCCACUCACGCGAUCGACGUUCCAAAAAGAGUCGCUCUCGGGAUCGUUCCGGCUCACGAAGUCAUCGGAGACGUUCGAAGAGUCGCGAUCGAAGAAGUCGCAGUCGUAGCAGAAGGAGUCGAAGCCGCAGUCGGGAUCGUCGCAAACGUAGAGAUCGUUCGUCUACGCCAAAGCAUGAACCUACUGCAGCAGAAAUAGCACAAGAAGCGCAAGGCAAUGAUAUUGUGGCUACUGCUCUGGCAAAACUGAAACAAGCACAGCAAGGUAUAUUACCGAUACUGGCCAGGCCCGACAUUGGUGAGUAUUCGUUUGCAGUU